CCUUUCACAAAUUGUCCAUCGCAAUAUGGCGCUACAGAUUAAUCAGGGUCUAUUAAAGAAACUUUGUAAUUACUCAAUUUCAUUAAUCCAGGUACAUCGGGCUGGCUAUGCUGUAUUCUGAAUAUAUUUAGGAGUUUUAUUGCAGAAAAGAUUCAAAGAGUAGGAGAUGUCGUCAUCAAAGAGCGACAUAACAACAAAUUGGAUCGCUGGGGAGAAGGCUGCAAGGCAAACUCUGAUCAUGGACAGUGAAGUUCAGAGAGAUGGAAGAGUUCUCGAUCUCACCGAUGAUGCCUGGAGAGAAGACAGACUGCCAUACGAGGAUGUCACAAUCCCACUGAGUGAACUUCCAGAAUCAGAACAAGACAACGGCGGAUCGACUGAGUCAGUCAAAGAGCAAGAGAUGAAGUGGUCCGAUCUCGCCCUGCAGAGUUUGCAUGAAAACACCCCAAACGUUGGCACUUAGAUGGAAAGAUGCUCUGUCCUCUCCAGCUGCAUGUAUUCUGAUGGAAAUAACUCAAGACUCGUUUCAGAUUCAAAUAAUUAUGUGCCAAUGUGAUUUGCAUUGUGUUUCGUUGUUUUGUUAUAAAAAUAAACAAAUGUUUAAAAUGUAAA